UGUACGAAGACUUUCAUCAAUGGCGGAAACCAUACUUGUAUACGCUUCGUCGGAGCACUUGAAUUCCAUGUUACCACUCGCUGUUUCAAUAACCAAACACCACCCCUCCAUCUCCGUCGUGGUCCUCAGCACCACCGCCGCCGCCGCCGCGGCCUCCUCCUCCGUCACCUACCGCCGCCUUCCGACCCCCGCCCUUCCACCAAACUCCGAUCCCGUCGAACAAUUCUUCGAAAUCCCUCGCCUCAACAACCCGAAACUUCGGGAAGCCAUUGAAGAGAUCUCCAAGGAAUCAAACAUCAAAGCAAUCAUCAUCGAUGUUUUCUGCUACUCCGCGUUUGAAGUUUCCGCCGCCGUCGGCAUACCCACUUACUUCUGCAACACCACCGGCGCGUUCGGCCUUUGCCUACUGCUCCACUGGCCGUUCGUUCACGAGAUAACUUCCGGCGCCGAUGGCAAUAUUGAAAUUCCUGGCUGCCCAUUGCUUCACUCGUUGGAUCUCCCCAAGGUAUUGCUUUUUCCUCGGAGUAAUUCUUACAAACACUUUGUGGACGCGUCAAUUAACAUGCGGAAAUCGGCCGGAAUCAUCGUUAAUACUUACCACGCGCUCGAGUUCAGAGCUAUGGAGGCACUGGCGAAUGGAUUGUGCGUACCAGGUGCGGCGACUCCGCCUGUUUACUCACUGGGUCCGUUUAUUAAUACUGAGAAAGACAGUAGCUCCGGCGGCGGCGGUGCAGAAGCUGAAUGUUUUCGGUGGCUGGAUUUACAGCCGAUGAAAAGCGUUGUUUUCCUCUGUUUUGGAAGAAGGGGUGUUUUAUCUGCUCAACAGUUGAAAGAAACGGCGGUUGGUUUGGAAAACAGCGGCUGUAGAUUUCUUUGGGCGGUGCGGAGUCCGCCGGGAAAUCCAGACGUGGAGGCGCUGCUGCCGGAGGGUUUCUUGGAGAGAACUAAAGAUAAGGGGAUCCUUUGGAAGGGCUACGCGCCGCAGAUGGAGGUGCUGAGUCACGAAUCGGUGGGGGGUUUCGUGACUCACUGCGGUCAGGGUUCGCUUCUGGAAGCGGUGUGGUUCGGCGUGCCGAUGAUUGGUUGGCCGCUGUACGCGGAGCAGAGGGUUAAUCGAGUUUUCAUGGUGGAGGAGAUGAAGGUGGCGCUGCCGCUGGAGGAGGCGGAGGACGGCUUCGUGACGGCGGCUGAGUUGGAGAAGAGAGUGAGGGAGCUGAUGGACUCGAAGACUGGGACAGAGGUGAGACGCCGGGUAACGGAGAUGAAACACUCCGCCGCCGCCGCGGUGGCAAAGGGUGGAUCGACGGUGGUUGCUAUGGAGAAGUUUAUCGAGGCGGUGAUAGGGAGUUAAUUAUUUCCUCGUUGUUGGUUAGGUAUUAAGGUAAAUAGGAGAUACAUGUAGUUUUCCUAUUUUACCCAUCAACCCCUUCUACUUUUAUUUAUUUAUGUUUUUCUUUUUUUUUUUUUUUUUUUGUGUGAUAAAUCUAGUUUUAUUGA